AUGGACCGCAGCUACGAAGCCAAGCUCAAGUACAGCCGCGUGAUGCUCAAGGUCAGCGGCGAGGCGCUGGAGGGGGCCCAGGGCUUUGGCAUCGACCCCGCCGUGCUGCAGACCAUCGCCAGCGAGGUGGCCGCGGCGGCCAGCGAGGGCGUGCAGAUUGCCAUCGUGGUCGGCGGCGGCAACUUCUUCCGCGGCGUCGACCGCUGGGCAGGGCUGGACCGCGCGACGGCCGACUACGUGGGCAUGCUUGCCACAGUCAUGAACGCCAUCUGCCUGCAGUCGGCCCUGGAGGCGCUGGGCGUGCAGACGCGGGUGCAGACGGCGAUUGAGAUGCAGGAGAUCGCGGAGCCAUACAUCCGGCGGCGCGCCAUCCGCCACCUGGAGCACGGCCGCGUGGUCAUCUUUGGCGCGGGCACCGGCAACCCCUUCUUCACCACAGAUACCGCCGCCGCGCUGCGCGCCGCCGAGAUCAACGCCGACGCUUUCUUCAAGGCCACCAAGGUGGAUGGCGUGUACGACAGCGACCCGGCGACCAACCCGGCCGCCGUGCUGCACCGCCGCCUGUCGUUCCGCGACGUGCUGGAGCGGGAGCUUCAUGUGAUGGACGAGACCGCCAUCACUCUGUGCAAGGAAAACGACAUCCCAGUCGUGGUCUUCAACCUGACCAAGCCCGGCAACGUGCUGCGGGCGAUCCUGGGCGACCAGGAGGUGGGCACAUCCAUCGGCGGCAGCUGCGCCAGCAGCAGCACCGCCCGCCCUGCCGCCGCCGCGCCCGUCGGCACCAGCGGCAACCUGAGCGGCAGUGAGACCGACGCGUAG